AUGGCAAAAGAUUUUGGGACGGAUACUAAUAAUAAUGAGGAAGGUGUGGGUCUUUGUAAGGUUCGUAGCUAUAGAUAUGACAACACCAAUACCAAUUUCGUGGGGAACAAGAAACGAAUAUCUCUUUCGAGAAGUUGUAGCCACAACACGGCCACGGACACCUCAACCAACUCGACAUUGCGGAGUUUCUCGUAUGUAGGGAGGAGCAACAGGAUGACGGAUUCCGGUGGAUUUAUGCCGACACUUAAGAGAUCUACAACCACGGUUCCAAGGAGCUUUGCCAACCCGAUUUUGUAUUCGAGCUCCUCGGCCAAAGUGGCCAAACCUUCUCCAACAGAGAAGAAGCUAAGAUGCACGCUUGAGGAGCUAUGCAACGGAUGUACCAAGAAGAUCAAGAUCAAGAGAGAUGUUAUUACCAGCUCAGGGCAAAUGAGUGAGGAGGAAGAGAUGGUGGAAAUAAAAGUGAAACCAGGAUGGAAAGGAGGAACAAAAGUAACAUUCGAAGGCAAAGGAAACGAAGCAAUGGGGAGUACCNAAACCUAA